AUGCUCAUGUCGCUCCAUCUGAUCCUGGCGCUUUGUCCCCCUUUGGGCUCUGCUUGUGGUUUGGUGACAGCCUUCCUCUCUACAGCAGAGGAAGGUGCUGGUGCUACGCGCUGCCCGUGGGUGACCCAACAGUGGUUAAUUCGCUCAGCAAUGAUCAAACUUCCGUUCACUGCGGUCUCUGGAGAUCCUCCAGGUCUCCAGUGGGAGGAGGAGAAGCAGAGUGAGGGACUGGGGGAAGCACCAAGCCCGAGGUCCCGCUGCCGCAGCUGUGGGAUCCUGCGGCUCCUCGGAAGGUAGGGCUGCAGGGUUCUGGUUGAUGCACGGGACAAACUGGGGAUCCCCUGGCAGUAUACCGAGAAUGAGAAGCAUGGAAUGUUUUUGAUGGCUUUUGAAAACAAAGCUGGGAUGCCCAUAGAGCCUGCCACCUUCCAGCUGUACGUACCUGCGCUGGGCGCGCUGUGGAGGGAUUCGGGAAUCAAGGAAGCCUUCAGCCGUCGGAGCGAGUAUCAGCUGGGUGAAUCGGUAAAAUACUUCCUGGAUAACCUGGAUCGGAUCGGUCAGCUGAAUUAUUUCCCCAGCAAACAAGAUAUUUUGUUGGCUAGAAAAGCCACCAAGGGAAUAGUAGAGCAUGAUUUCAUCAUUAAAAAAAUACCUUUCAAGAUGGUAGAUGUAGGUGGACAGAGAUCUCAGCGUCAAAAGUGGUUCCAGUGCUUUGAUGGAAUAACUUCGAUUUUGUUUAUGGUCUCCUCCAGCGAAUACGAUCAGGUUCUCAUGGAAGACAGGCGCACAAACAGACUUGUGGAAUCCAUGAAUAUCUUUGAGACAAUAGUCAAUAACAAGCUUUUCUUUAAUGUUUCUAUUAUCUUAUUCCUCAACAAGAUGGAUCUUCUUGUAGAGAAGGUAAAGACUGUGAGCAUUAAGAAGUAUUUCUCGGACUUCAAAGGCGACCCUCACAGGCUGGAUGAUGUUCAACGUUAUCUGGUGCAGUGCUUUGACAGAAAGAGGAGAAACCGCAGUAAGCCUCUCUUCCAUCACUUCACCACUGCCAUAGACACUGAAAACAUCCGCUUUGUGUUUCAUGCUGUGAAGGACACGAUCCUUCAAGAGAAUCUGAAGGAUAUUAUGUUGCAGUGAAGGAGAGCAGCCCGCGUUCUGUUAAAAUUUGCCGGAGGGUUAGAUCAAAGUUUUUAUCCUUUCUUUAUGGCCCUUGCAUGUGGUGUAGGACCCAUGCUAAUUACUUGGCUCAGGAAUGCUGUAAACAAGCCAGUCCAAGCAGAGGAGCUAUAGGCCGAAGGAGUCAAACGUUGAUGUUAGCUACUGAAUCAUUUGGACUAGAAACACUACUGAAA